AGCGAAUGGAGGGCAAUGCGAGCUUGUUCAAACUGCAACACCACCACCACACCCACCCCUUGUCCCUGCUGAAUGGGUUCUUUUUUCUCUCCCUGCAGGACAUCCGAUCAGGACGAUGACGCCCAGUUCCCGACGUGUCCGCGCGCCCAAGGAAGGAGGGGUUUUGCUGUUGCUGUCGAGGUUGGGUUGACUGCCAACAACACGCGCCUCCCCCUCCGGAACCCCACUGCGCGCAUCUGCAUCUCCCUCGGGUAGCAUCCAUCGUCGCGAACGAAGGAGGGCGAUCCGACGCCACCAUUGGCGCCGCCGGCGUCUAGGCGUGUGGUCCGUUGGCAGUGGCCUCGUCUGAAGCCCUUCCUCCUCGAUCGCAGCUAGAUAGAAUGAUGGGCGCGGGUCGCGAUUGGCCAGAAUAGGCGCCAGCAGAACCGAUUGUCUCGUCAGGAGCCUGUACGGAUGGCAUCUCCUGUCGUCUGGGUGAUGUGUGCAGAGUUCUAGGUUGGGAGGGGUAUGUGUGUGUGUGCGGGCGGUAUUACCACCGCCCUGAGGCGAACUGAUGAGACUAGACGCGCUUUGCCGGCCCAACACGCGCGCCGAGCCAUGGGCGGCGAAUUGGAGGAGCGUCGACCUCCUCGAAGAGGAAAACUGGUGCGGUUUCUGGCGAGGGCUGUUGAGGGACCGGUGACAAGGGUGAGCAGCAGCUCGAGAGAUGGACUGGGACGUUACAAUCUUGGAUUCCGCCACCUCUCUCUCUCUCCCUCCCAGCGCAACAAAGCGGCCGCCAACCCUAAUGACAUGCUCCGCGCCUACAUGAACAGGAGACCCGUGCCCAGUGGUGUUCCGGGCUUCCGACCCACCCCUUUCCGAUUCUUUGACCCUUGCUCACACUCACCUUGUUGGGUGGGUGGUAACGCUGGGGGAGAGAGGGGAGCAGCUCAGCUAGGCAACAGUGAAAAGAGAGGUUAAGUCCGAGGCGGGAACUUGGAAACAAACCGCUGUCGAUUGCUGUGCCGCUUCCGAGUUGCAAC